AUGUUUGUACUUCUUAUUGAAAAUUUCCUAAGAAUAGCUUUUUAUGUCAACAAGAGUUAUCUGUCAUCAAAGGAAUUGCGAAAUUUUCGUCUUGUUUCAAAACACUGGAAAUCAUUAUGGGAAGAACAUGUUAAGAACAGGCGUAAAGCAAUCACUAAACUAAGUAUAGCAAUAGAUGAAGAUAGUGGGAAGUUAGUACUAAAAGCUGUUGCAAAUUCAUAUUUCGGACGACAAGUAAAUGUUCCAAAUGUUGAAGAAAAUAUCCAACAGGCUUUUUCAUUGAUAACAUUUCCAGUUGUGCCUGAUCUCUUCUGCAUUAAUUGUCUAUUAUUAUAUGGUAAAGCAGCAAAUGAGAGAGUUCUGCGAUUAAUUACAAAACAAGAUUGGAUUAUUCAUACGGUGAAUGCUUUCCUGUUAUCGGGUGUUAUCUCAGACAGCAUCAUUGAAACUUGUAGUUCAAAACUGGUGGAAUUCGUUAUCGAUCUUGACAGUGCAUGUAGAAAAAACCAACCGAUAGCGCUUACAGAUCAAUGUUUGCCAUAUCUGAUUCGUGAUGAAAUAUUGGCGAUCAUACCAUCAUAUUCAAAAAUUACAAUUAAUGGUAUCGCUGUAGCACUUAAGGCGUUCUUCUUUCGAAGAAAUCGUGUAACGAAUGCAAUCAAUUUCUUCACUACCCGAGCACUUACCGCACGACUUUGUCUUGGCUUGUCGGAAACUGUUACAGCUAAAAGAAUUGGCGCAAUAAGAGUGAUUGUAAAUCAGGUUUUAGUUAACCGAUGCUAUCAUUCAUCAAGUGGUCGUAUAGGAUGUAACGUGGUGAGAGAUCAGAAUGCUUUGCUUUCACCAUCAUCUUUCAAGUGGUCAGUAGAAGAAAAGACUAAGGUGAAAAAUAUGAAAGAUGUCGGAGUGAUUGAAUUCACAUAUAAAACCGGAGGCAGUAAGCGUAAGGAAUCCAACGAUAUACGACGAUUUUGCAUCGAAAUCGCUAGUGAAGUGAAGAUUCAAGAAUAUGUUGAUUCGUCAGCAAUCCGUGACGUCAUUGUACAUUCAACCUCGCUAGGUUCUGGUAAAUUAUCAAGCAGCAUUGAAUAUCCAUCCGAUGUGAGUGAUUUUUAUGGUUAUAAUACUUCGGAAAAUCGGAGUGAUGAUUAUGAAUACAGCGGUUAUGAUAGUGAUGAUCAACUGGUUUAUGGUGAUGGUUUACCCUGGGAAUUUUUUUGAACUUUUUUCAUUUCUUCUCAGGUUGUAUUUUGUUAUUAUUUCGAAUGGGUAUAGUAAUAUAUCAUUUGUUUUUUUUUCCUUGACACUGAUGGCAUCAAACAAGGGAAUACAUUAACUGGAAUCUAUUAUAAUCCUGGAGGUUACGUGCUGUCAUGUCAGGGAAAUAAUCG